UAAACUAUGCGUGAACAGUCGCCAGCCUGCUCGCUCGUGCUGCGUAAGGUGUUGUCACGUAAGACCUGACGGAUAUAUAUAUAUAUACAUUUAUUUAUACGUUCGAUCUCGUGUCGACGAGAAAUUAGAAGACGGCGCAAUAUUUUGACCACGAAUCGUGACGUAACAAGAUCUGCGCUCGCAUCUAAAAGCGGUUAGAGGGUGUUGCAGCAGCGAGGACUCGGUCGCUACCGGCGAUACACACUGCAGUGACGACGCACGUGGUCGACAAAAGCAGCGUAUAGUCGGACUGCCGGCUGUGGCACAGCCGCGCACGCACGCGGGGUUGUUGUUGUAAAUAGCUGUGGGUGAGUGGACUGCGUGCAGCGCGCACACACACACACGCCAUGGCCGUCACCGUGCUGGUACGACAGUUGACUGUCGUCUGUCUCUUGCUGACGUCACUCGCCGCACUGGCGUCCGGUGAAUCGUUCUUCCUGUCACGUGAUCACACCGACCGAUUGCGAUACAUGCGUACACAGAAUCGAAACCAAGUCGCCACCGAACUGGAUGCCGCGGCGAUGCUAGAGAAGUACGGCUACCUGCGCUGCAAGAUGCAGCGGCGUAGGCGGCGCGACGUCUACGCGCUCGACAACCUCUGGGAGAUGCUGCCGACGGCACCCGACAGCCGACGUCCGGACGCGUGCGGCGAGGCGGCUAUUCGCGAGGCGGUGCGAGAGUACCAGAAGACGUACAAGCUGCCGCAGACGGGCGUUGUCGACGAGGCGACGAAAACGAUGAUGAGCGAGACGCGAUGCGGAAACCGCGACGACGAGCAGAAGCUGCAGCCGACAGAGAACGCGACGCUCGCAGCGGCGGCCGACAGCAACUCACGGCAUUUCGUGCAGAAGCGCGCCGCGGCGCGGCACGGUCCGUCGAAACUCAGAAGCCUGCUCAUACCGCAGCUGAGGACGUCCGAUGCCGAGGUGACGCUGCGACGACGUCGCUGGGCCGACGAGCACAUGCGCGAGCUCGAGAGUGGCGCGCACGACGAGCGGGCGCGUCGCUCGCUAGAGCGCGUGCGCGAGCUGCGGAGAACCCGGAGAAAACGGUCGGCGGUGCUCGGUAUGGACACGGGAGACGCGUUCAACCGACGCAUCGUCACGUGGCGGCUCGUCGACACCGGCUACAGCACACAGAUGACCAUCAACAAGCAGCGCACGGCGCUCGGUCUCGCCUUCCGCAUGUGGAGCGAGGUGAUACCCGUCGUGUUCAUGGAGGACAAGCAGAGUCCGAUCGACGAGGUCGAUAUUAAGCUUGCCUUCGGAAAAGGCGAGCAUCUCAACUGCCCGAAUAAGUUCGAUGGUUACGGCGGACAGCUGUCGCACGCGUGGCGACAGGGCGACAUACAUCUGGAUGACGACGAGUAUUUCACCGUCGGCAGCAACCAAGGCACCAACCUGCUGAAGGUAGCCGUCCACGAGAUCGGUCACGUGCUCGGGUUGGCGCACACCAGUCGCAACUACUCGAUAAUGUACGCUAUCUAUCAGAAGUUGAUACCCAACGCCAAUUUCGAACUGGGAUGGGAAGAUCGCAAGGAGGUUCAAGCUUUAUACGGUGUAUGCAGCGGAAAAUUCGAUACGGUGUUCGAUUGGAUCAGACGAAGACCCGACGGCCAGUUCAUCUACAACACUUACAUGUUUCGCAAUAAUCGAUAUUGGAUGUACGAGAAUCGAUACAAUCGCACACGGUACGGUGAUCCUCUGAAGAUUGAACCCGAAUGGAAAGGAUUGGAGAGUAACAUCGAUGGAUACGCGCAUGUCUGGACGUACACGGAGAAUACAGUGUACUUCUUUAAAGGUCAUCAGUAUUGGAAAUACGACAGCGAGAAUGACAAGGUGUUCGAGAAGUAUCCUCGCAAUAUUUCCGAAGAUUUUCGAGCGCCUCCCGGUUCGAAUUCGCCAAGCAUCCCAAACAAUAUAGAUACUGUGUUCUUCGACAGGCGGGAUGGAAACCUGUAUUUCUUCAAAGGCGACAAGGUGUAUGGAUACGAGGUGGCGAAGGGACAUGAGGGCAGCUGCCUCCCCGGAUUUCCGAAGAUGAUUCGCGACGAGUAUCCACCGAGUCCUGGCUCGAAGCCUCUUCCCAAUCACCCGGACGCCGUCUACUACUCCUAUACGGACACGGCCAUGUACAUCCUGAAGAACAACGAGUUCUGGAUCAACGAGGCAUUCCACCCGCUCGACCGACUACGAACGAAUAGCGUCAAGGGCCCCUUCCCGAUGUCGAAGAAGUGGUACGACAUCUGUGACGUCGACAGCGAGCUGUGAAACGUCAUCAACAUGGCUGACGGCGCUUCGCUGCCCUGGCCAAUAAUAUUAACGUGGACGCUUUCGCGCACAUCCGCUUGACGAACAAUUGCUCAACGCUUGGUGCGCUCUUCAGUUCGUGCGCGCUAGACUUAUAUCGACAUACGACGACGGCGAAGCGGGACACACACACACACACACACACACACACACACACACACACACACACACA